UUCAAACGUGUCAUUGCAUUCGGCGUGAUCUUUAUUGUUAGUGAUAGUUGGUAAGACGGCGGUAAAAUGGCUUGCAAACUUCUCACCGCCAUGGCUUUCGUGGGGCUGACGAUCGCCGUUUCGGAGGCUCACAAGGCUCACUCCUUUCAACACUACCACGGCCCGGUGGAAGGUCCUGACGUGAAAGUGAGCUGGCACGACCACCACGGGCACGUUCACCACGACUUUGCGGCUCAUCCGAAAUACGAGUUUGCCUACGGAGUCGAAGACCACCACACCGGUGAUUACCAUGGACAAAAGGAGCACAGGGACGGCCAUAACGUGGCUGGAGAAUACACCCUGAAGGAACCAGGCGGGAAUACGAGAACGGUGAAAUAUCACGCCGGAAAGCAUGGUUUCUUCGCCCACGUGAUUAACAGCAACGGAAACGAUCACGGUGGACACGGACGUUAAUCUUUUUAUACGAGCGUCGCGACGCCUGGGCAGCAUCCCCGUUGCUGCACGGAAGAAUUUCACGCUAUCAACCAUUGAUAAUCGCCCGCUUAGAUCUUUGUAACAAUCAUCGUGACUACAAUAUAAUUCAUUUGUUACAUA